UUUGCGGUUGGGUCGCAGUCGUACAAAACCUUCUUGCUCUCGUUCGUGGUCCAAGCCUAACCCUAGCCGUCACCCCCUUCUUCCUCCCGGCAGAUAUCAGGCGGGCAGAGGGAGACGUCCUCGCCCGCGACAGCUUCUUGCGCGCUCUCCUCUCCCCUUUGACCCCGCCGCCGACGGCCGCCGCGCGCGCGGAAGGUUCUCCCCCCCGCGGACCCCCAUAAAAGGUUUCGAGAUUUAUUAGGAAUAUAUACAAUAUGGCUGGGAGUAGCACGGAUGCAGCAACCAAGGAGAUGGAGGCAUUGCAUGUUGGGCAAACCAAGGAAACAGAUGAGAUUCUGAAAAAAGCGUCAGAUAGCAAUGGCGGGGCUCCUGGAGCUCAGUCCCCACCACCACCAGCAGAUGAUGAUGAGGCACAAGUGGAUGGUCCAUCUGAAGAUGGAGCAGGAGCUUCAGCGGCUGCGAAGAAGAAAAAGAAGAAAAGCAAGGCCAAAAAGAAGAAAGACCCCCAUCAGCAGACAGAUCCUCCAUCAAUCCCUGUGGAUGAGCUUUUCCCUUCAGGAGAUUUUCCUGAGGGAGAAAUCCAGGAAUAUAAGGAUGAUAAUUUAUGGAGAACAACUAGUGAAGAAAAGAGGGAACAGGAACGACUACAAAAACCAAUGUACAAUUCUGUUCGCCGAGCUGCAGAAGUCCAUCGACAGGUACGAAAGUACAUGAGGAGCAUUAUAAAGCCUGGAAUGCUAAUGAUGGAACUAUGCGAGACUUUGGAAAACAUGGUUCGGAAACUUAUCAAGGAGAAUGGACUGCAAGCUGGCAUUGCCUUUCCAACAGGAUGCUCGUUGAAUUGGGUCGCAGCUCACUGGACUCCAAAUUCUGGUGAUAAAACUGUACUACAAUAUGAUGAUGUGAUGAAGCUGGAUUUUGGGACACAUAUCGAUGGGCACAUAGUUGAUUGUGCAUUUACUGUCGCAUUUAAUCCCAUGUUUGAUCCGUUGCUGCAAGCAACGAGAGAUGCCACAAAUACUGGAAUCAAGGAAGCUGGAAUAGAUGCACGGCUUUGUGAUGUCGGUGCUGCAAUCCAAGAAGUCAUGGAGUCAUAUGAGGUUGAAAUUAAUGGGAAAGUUUUCCAAGUAAAAAGUGUGCGAAACCUCAAUGGACACAGCAUUGGACCAUACCAAAUCCAUGCUGGUAAAUCAGUUCCAAUUGUAAAAGGCGGAGAGCAAACAAAAAUGGAGGAGGGUGAAUUUUAUGCCAUUGAAACUUUUGGGUCUACAGGAAAGGGGUUUGUGAGGGAGGACUUGGAAUGCAGUCAUUACAUGAAGAACUUUGAUGUUGGGCAUGUACCAUUGAGGGUAGCAAAAGCCAAGCAGCUACUGGGGACAAUCAACAACAACUUUGGAACACUUGCAUUUUGCCGCCGGUACUUGGACCGCAUCGGCGAGACCAAGUAUCUCAUGGCACUGAAAAAUCUAUGUGAUGUUGGCAUUGUUCAGGUAUGUGAAAUAGGAUACCACCAUUUCAAUGCCAAUGUCUAUCAAGACAUGGUUACUCACGGUUUCCUGACCUGUUUGCAGCCGUACCCGCCAUUGUGCGAUGUGAGGGGAAGCUAUGUGUCCCAGUUUGAGCACACCAUUUUGCUCCGGCCAACCUGUAAAGAAGUCAUAUCCAGAGGCGACGACUACUGAUUGGCGCUGCGGCUCCUGUCUGUACCUGUCGCCUGCAGCGAUUAGAGUUUUACCAUCUUGGGUGACCUGUGUUCGUUAUGGAUCAAAUGGCACAUCAGAAUCGAAAAAAUAAUGCGGUUACAUUGCACCCUUUUGUUUUCUGAGUUUAAAAUUUGUGGAAACUGGUUUGUAAGAAUCGCUAUCGUGUUGUAUUACUUGAUCCCUCUAAAAAAUACUUACUGGAGAUUUUUUAUCAUUA